UUCAAUUCCUAGAUUAGAGCUCAUCUCCUUCAGCGUUCUUUACCCUCUUCCUCAUCUAUAUCUUGGCUUUUCCUCUUGUCCUUUGCUGCCCAUGAAGCUCUUGUGAGGAAAUCAAGCUCAGUUCUAGCUAGAAUGAUGCAGCAAGGCAGUGGGCAGGUGACGGUGCCGCCGGGAUUCCGGUUUCACCCCACCGAUGAAGAGUUGCUCCAUUAUUACCUGAGAAAGAAGCUGGCCUAUGAAGCCAUUGAUCUCGAUGUUAUAAGAGAGGUGGACAUCAACAAACUCGAGCCAUGGGAUCUUAAAGAUAAGUGUAGGGUUGGGUCUGGGCCUCAGACUGAGUGGUACUUCUUCAGCCACAAGGACAAGAAGUAUCCGACCGGCACGCGGACGAACCGAGCGACCGCAGUCGGGUUUUGGAAGGCCACCGGGAGGGACAAGACCAUCCACCUCAGUAACUGCUCCAAGAGGAUAGGAAUGAGGAAAACCCUAGUGUUCUACACCGGUAGAGCCCCUCAAGGCCAAAAGACUGAUUGGAUCAUGCAUGAGUAUCGUCUUGACGAUGAAACUACCUUAAUGAACAAUCAUGUUCAGGAAGAUGGAUGGGUGGUGUGCAGGGUAUUCAAGAAGAGGAACUUAAUCCCAGCACCUGAAGCUAAUCUCCCUGAAAAACACCAAGAUGAUCAUCGUCGCAACUUCAACUCGGUGAUGAUGAUAAGUGACUCCCAAAACAACAACAAUAUUUCAAUGUUCCAACAAGUCCCAGAUCGCACUACUACUCAUCGCUCCCCAUUCAUUAAUGCUUCCUCCAUUCACCUCCCUCAGCUCCUGAGCACCGAGUCGGUGGCCGAAUCCAGUCACAUUAAUCCUCCUCUCGUCCUUCCUCCUCCCGCCCUCGACCCCGGCUGCUCGCGCAGCUGCUUCGAUCGGUUCGCGGCCGGGGACUGGUCCAUCCUGGACAAGCUUCUGGCUUCUCACAGAAACCUGAACCAGAUCUUCCAGUGCAGCAAUUCUGCUUCUCAGCUAAUCGACAUGGCGGGUUCCACAGUUCAUAGGAGCCCACUGCAGCAUCUCGGAGGUGAUGCUGCUGCUCUCAUGAAAUACUACUCAAACUGAGCUAGCUAGCUUAGCUAACCACAAACUUAUGGAGAUGAAUUCAUUAAUUUCUUUGUGCUUGUGCCUGAAUCUGAAGCUUAACGAUGCUUUUAAUUAGCUGGGUACAUACACUUAGUAUAUUGGA